AUGCAACAAAUAAUAAUUUUGCGAAAAACUCACAAAUCACGGGAACCUGUGAAAGAAACAUUGAAGGAACAGAUGAGGCAAAAAAGGUGA